GGGCGCGGGAGACGCCGGGAGCCCGGCCGCCGGGGGGCGCGCACCGGCUGUCGUUCCCCACCGCGGCGGCCGGCGCGGGAUCGCAGCCCGGGCAGCAGACGGGCUCCUCGGUUCGCGCGCUCGCUCCGGCUCCUGGCAACAUGAAGGACCGGCUAGCAGAACUUCUGGAGUUGUCCAAGCACUAUGACCAGCAGUUCCCAGACGGGGACGAUGACUUUGACUACCCCCACGAGGACAUCGUGUUCGAGACGGACCACAUCCUGGAGUCCCUGUACCGAGACAUCCAGGACAUUCAGGAUGAAAACCAGCUGCUGACGGCCGACGUGAAGCGGCUGGGAAAGCAGAACGCCCGCUUCCUCACGUCCAUGCGGCGCCUGAGCAGCAUCAAGCGCGACACCAACUCCAUCGCCAAGGCCAUCAAGGCGCGGGGCGAGGGCAUCCAGCGCAAGCUGCGCGCCCUGAAGGAGCAGAGCGAGGCCGCCGAGGCCCAGCAGGGGGCGCACUCGGCGGUGGCGCGCGUUGCGCGCGCGCAGUAUGACGCACUCACGCGCCUGUUCCAGCGCGCCAUGCACGAGUACAACCAGGCCGAGAUGAAACAGCGCGAGAACUGCAAGAUCCGCAUCCAGCGCCAGCUGGAGAUCAUGGGCAAGGACGUCUCAGGCGACCAGAUCGAGGACAUGUUCGAGCAGGGCAAGUGGGACGUGUUCUCCGAGAACUUGCUGGCCGACGUGAAGGGCGCGCGGGCGGCCCUCAACGAGAUCGAGAGCCGCCACCGCGAGCUGCUGCGACUCGAGGGCCGCAUCCGCGACGUGCGCGAGCUCUUUCUGCAGAUGGCCGUCGUGGUGGAGGAGCAGGCCGACACGCUCAAUGUCAUCGAAUUGAACGUGCAGAAGACCCGCGAAUACACCGGUCAGGCCAAGGCACAGAUGCGCCAGGCCGAGCAGUACAAGAAGAAGAACCCCUGCCGGGCCAUCUGCUGCUUCUGCUGCCCCUGCCUCCACUAGCCCGCUGGCCCGAGCCGCCACCGCCCGUCCCCAACGGGACCCGACCGGGACGCACACUGGGAAGGACCCCAAAGGCCGAGCCCCCUGCCCCGGGGUGGGAGGUUCCCAGCUCCUCACGGAACUUAGUCUUCAGAGGAAGAAGAAACGGGAGGUUCCAAGAUUCCAGCCCAGCUCACGCUUGCAGAGAUGGUUGAUGCCAUCCAAGAGUCCUUGUGUAAAGACAGAGUCCUACUGAAGCUGUGGGAGGUCCUUAUGUGACACAGGGCACUCUUACCCUCUUAACGGAAGCUGAAUAAGGAACUGAUGUUGUAUCUGACUGUGGCCUAAGUGUCCCAAGGCAUGCCUCCUGGUGAAAACUAAAGGAGAAAGUCAAUUUUGCAUCUACUAAUAGUAUGCAUUUAUCAUCAAAACUUAAAUUCAUUCACAUUGUCCUGAAAGUUCCUUGAGUCUGUCAAUUUCGAGUGAAAUUGGCCGCGGGAAAAUCUAUGCCUUUCAUUUCUGAUUCUGCAUCUGGCUUAUGCUAUGUGAUUCCCCCACUUCCCCACCUUCGCCAUAGACCUUUCUGCUCACCUCCCCUACUUACUAAAAUCACAUGGAACACUUACUAUUUCCUUAUCUCUUUCACUUUUGAUAUCUUCCACCAGAGUAUAUUUUGAGAUUAUUUUUCCAGAUAUUUUUAAGCACUGAAUA